AUGGGAACAGUGAGGGUGAACAAGCGCAUCGCCAAUUGCAUCCGUGACCUCAACGACGGGGGCUUCUUUCAGACGCCCCUUCGCUUGGGCGUCGUGGCCAGAAGCUUGGCCAAGCUUGAUGUGGAGAACGCCUUGCAAGUGCUGCAAGGGGUGGCGGAUGCUGCCUCCUCAGACCCGUCCACACACGAGAACCCAACAGCAAAGGUCUUGUUGGAGGCCUCAUGGCUGGCAGGUGUCGAUUUGACGGAGGCCCAGGAACCGCAACUUCAGUCGCCUGAAGGCACUGCGGCGACCUGCCCGAACUCCGCAGAACUGCCGAGUUCACGCGAAGCCACGACGGCGGACACCGCAAUCGAGGCAGAAGAGUUCUGGCCAGAAGAUGAUGAACAGGAAGAGGCAGACGAGUUUUGGCCAGAAGAUGAUGAACAGGAAGAGGAUCCGGCAAAGUUGUGUGAAGGCAAGGUAUCCAGUCCGCAAGUGCUCCCACCAUGGGCACAGCAGGCAGAAGAGUUCUGGCCAGAAGAUGAUGAACAGGAAGAGGAUCCGGCAAAGUUGUGUGAAGGCAAGGUGUACAGUCCGCAAGUGCUCCCACCAUGGGCACAGCAGGUAGAGAAGAGAGAGAAAGAGGACGACAAACUGGAUCAGGAGGUGGGAAGUGUUGCUUGCAUCUUGGUGACUGGAUGCGCCCACACGACGGUGGCGCACAUCGUCCGCGGCACAUUCACCGUCAAUGGGCAGAAUCAUGCGCGGCCAACCUACAAGAAGGAUACCAAAGUGAACGGCUUGGACGUGCAGCUCUACUACUGGGAUGGCAGCGAUGAUCCGGCAUUUUGCGGCUGGUGGUUUGGUGCUAAGGUGGGCGGCAAUGACGUUUGGGCCUACGCCGCGUCCAGUACCUUGACGCCGCCGAAGACUGGAUGGAGAGUCCCGAGCGACGGUCCGGUGGACAGCAGUUUCCUCCUCUCAGCCACGGACCGUGUCGGUCAGCGCUCCGGGCGGGCACGGCGACCGGAAGAAUCCAGUUGGAUCCGCGGCUCGGUGCGCGUCUCGAUACAGCGGGUCAAGCAACGAAGGCGUAGCAGGAGCUCCCAUCAAUCCCGCUCGAAGGCAGACAAAAGAAAAAGAGAGCAAGAAGACGAACCAACGAAUCCGGAGGAUGUGGCCAAGUUGCGAGGAGGCACAGCCGCAUCUAGUUCACCAAAGACGCCUACGAUCGCGACCUGUGCAGCUGCUGCACCAGUGGUGCCUGACCAGGACAAAGAGCAGGAGUUGAAGGAAAGCUCCAGAGAGGAUGAAGUCGGCCAGUCAGCCAUGCUGGACGUGGAGCGGUCGGAGUGCACCGCUUCUCCACCGAAGCCGGACACCGAGCCCGUGCCUGAAGCGAUCGUGCCAGCUGCAACGCCUAAAGCAACGGCUGAUCCAGACGACUCCAGAUCCAAGGACCUCGCCGAAGGUCGCGGUUCUCGAAGGUCGCGGAGCUCAAGCAGCAGUUCAUAUUCCUACGAGUACAGCAGCUCCAGCAGUCGAUCGCGCUCCAGGACAGUGCAAAGGGUGAAGGUGAAGGCGGAGAGCACAGACGAAAUACCAAAGGCAGCUCCACCAAGAGAACAAAGGUGUUUGACGAGUGAUGCCGAGAAAGGGCUUACGAUUGGUCAGAUGGUCGACAAGCAGAUUGCAGACUUGCAAGAUAAGGUCACACGUCUUGAGCAGGCACUUUGCAGUGAAAGGGGCCUGCGGGAAGCAGCUGAUCAAAAGUUUAGAGACGCUGUCCAAUCUUUAGAAGGCAAAGCAGGAGAAUGUCAAAGCCUCCAGCGUGUUCUGGCCAGCGAGCGAGAGAAGCUCCAAGCAGCGCAGAAGCAGGUGGAGGCUGGACACGAGAAGCUUCACGCUGCCGAGAAGAAGGUUGAAGCUGGAGAAGAGAAGCUUCAUGCUACUGAGAAGCAGAUUGAGGUUGAGCGAGAGAAACUGAAGUCGGCUGAAAGGGAGAUUGAGCAGCUGACCUCGCGAUUGGCAGAGCAAAGGCGUAUUUCCAGCAUGGCCAGCAGUUGUGGUGCAUGCUGGCAAUAUGAAGAGAACGGAUGCUGGCACGCUGUACCGCCUGAAGCGAAUGAUCAGAUGCAUCAGGCCUAUUUGGCCUACCUUCGUGAUCCAAGCUCGGGCAAUCGUUGCAGGACCAUCAAUUCAGCAGGGGUCGCCCGUGAAGUUGAUUUCGAGCUGAUGCAGCAAAAGCGAGGUGACACCAACAAAGUUCGCCAGAUUCGGAUUUUGCCCGACGUGCCAAAGCAGUGGGUCUCCACCCCUGCUUGCUUGUUGCAACAGACGGAUGAGCUUCGACAAUUCUACGUCGAAGAGACUGAUCCUCGCAUUUACAGCCAAGUGCAGGAAAUCCUACAAUCAGCCGGCCACAAGCCAGGCUGCUCUUGGAUUUGGACCUCAACCAUCAAGUCAGUGCACCGCAUUGAAAACUUGAGGCUUUGGCAGGCUUAUAAGUUGAGGCGGGAAGCUUUGCGGAAGGGGCUUGCAAGUCACAAUGUGAAUGUCACCCCUGCAGAUUUGGACCUGGACGUUUGUGGUGCAGGGGUCUUGACCAAGAACCAAUCAGUGUUUGACUGUGGUGAGCCGUUGGCCCUAGAUGUGGAUGAGAAGAUUCUCCUGCAUGGCACAAGUUGGGACAACGCAAACUCUAUAGUUCUGAAUGGCUUCGACCAUCGGACAUGCUAUCGUUGUAUGUAUGGCGAGGGGGUCUAUUUCGCAUCUGCCGCGUGCAAAUCCCAUCAAUACACAUGCAACUGUCGUACAGCUGGCUGUGGCUGCAAGAGAGAAAGAACUUUGAUUUUGGCCCGUGUGGCCCUAGGCGACAAGUACUACAGCCAGGAAACCCGGUACCAUCAGCGGAGGCCACCGGUGAGAGAUGGCACGUCCGGGGCGACAUAUGAUUCCAUUGUGGUCAAUCCCGGUCCGAUCAAGGGACAUCACAAUGCAGCCCAGCUGCAUCAGGAGUUUGUGAUUUGCCAGAUGGAACAGGCAUAUCCCAGCUAUGUGGAUUUGGCGAACUUUUUGUUCCCCGAUCUGCGGAUGAACUUGCUACCGAUGGAACCUGAACUUUUGGAGUUCUACCACGUCCAGUUGCUAAAGGCCAUGGAGGACUUUGGGACCGGGGGCGAUUUCCCAAUGACCACCUUCCUGGCUCACUACACCUUGGCGCGCUGUGACUACAUGCGCUAUAUGCUUGGCCGAGGGUGGACUGCCUGUAGCGCGGCAGACGCUGCCAUAGUGGAUGCCGUGGACAAAGAUCUGCAGCGCCUGGAUCAAGGUCAAGUCUUGCCCACCGAAGGCUACGCCAAGGCCAUCAGCGAACUACUUGCCAGCUGA